AUUUCCUGUCGUCCUUGGUAAUAUAGUUAAAUAUUCGAUUUUUUGGGUGUUUUAACUAUGUUCGCUCAACGUUUCGGCCCGCAGGCGCUGAUGCGCAGCGGCGGUCGUAUGCUCGGCCCUAGUGACAAUGCCAUCGUACGUAACAUUGAGGCUUGCGCUGCCAUUGCGGAUAUGUUGAAAACCUCUUUAGGUCCCAAUGGUAUGAAGAAGUUGAUUGUGAACCACAUUGAGAAGCGUUUUGUCACUUCUGACUGUGAGACUAUCCUUAGUGGUGUUGACGUUCAACAUCCUGCUGCUAAAGUGUUGGCUAUGGCUGUGCAGACUAUGCAGAAUGAGUUUGGUGACGGUACUAACACGUUGAUUGCCUUGGCUGGUGAGAUGUUGAGCAAUGCUGCUUUAUUGAUUGAGGAAGGUCUCCACAUUUCUGACAUUCGUCUCGGUUAUGAGCUUGGUUACAAGCGUUUGCUUGAGCUAUUUGACAACGAGGUUGUGUGGGAGGUGAGUAACAUUCGUGAUGAGUCUCAGCUUAAGGAUGUUGUUGGCACUUGCAUUGCUGGCAAACACAUUUCACGUCCUGAGUUCAUUACUUCUCUUGUUGCCAAGGCUUGUGCGUCGAUAAUUCCACCUGAUGCUAAGCAGUUUGAUGUUGACAAUGUACGUGUUUUAAAGAUAACUGGUGGCAGUUUAGACCAGUCAAGUGUGAUGAAUGGCAUGGCUAUAGUACGUGAGGUUAGUGGCAUGGUUAAGAAAGUAGGUCGUACUAAGGUUUUGGUUAUUGCCGGCGGUCUUGAAUUCGCCGGCACAGAGGCCAAGAGCACGGUUAUGUUACAUUCUGCCGAGGAAUUGUUGAAUUUUACCAAGGGUGAGGAGGCUGAGAUGGAGCGUGUGAUACGUUCCAUAAAGGACCGUGGAGUGGGCUGUGUGAUUGCAAAUGGUGCUGUAUCGGAUUUGGCACUGCACUAUUGCAAUGCUAUGGGCAUUAUGGUUGUUAAGAUAACGUCUAAAUUUGAGUUACGUCGUCUUUGUCGUUCUUUGGGUGCCACUGCCGUUGUAAAGUUUGAGUCUCCCAGCGAGGAUGACUUGGGUAUUGUUGAGUCUGUGGAGAUGGUUGAUAUCUCAUCCCACAAGACGCUUAUAUUCCAGGCUGUGGACCACCGUCUGUCUACUAUUAUUUUAAAGGGUGCUACUCAGGGUAUGUUAGAUGAGAUUGAGCGUGCUAUCGACGACGCUUUAUGUUCUAUCAGUGCUGCUAUUCGUGAUCCUAGGUACCUUCCUGGCGGUGGCGCAUUUGAAAUCGAGAUGGCUCGUCAAUUAGCUAAAUUUUCACAGACCCUGUCUGGUCUUGAGCAGCAUGCUGCGCGUAAAUUUGCGGAAUCUUUUGAGGUGAUUCCUAAGGUUUUGGCGAGUAAUGCGGGUCAUGAUGCUACUGUGGUGAUUACUGAGCUGUAUGCAGCUCAUGAUUCGGGUGAUCGUUUUGCUUGUGUCAGUUCUGACCUUGAGAGUCGCUUAUCGGAUGCAAAAUUAGAGCGUGUUUAUGACCAUUACAUUGUGAAGAUGUUUUCUAUCAAGUUGGCUUAUGAGGCAGUGUCCACUAUACUGUCCGUAGAUCAGUUGAUUAUGGCGAAACCUGCUGGUGGGCCCAAGCCACGCGAGCCUGGUCCCCCAGACCUGUAGACGCACUAACUUUAAUUCGUUAAAAUAGAUCACUAACA